AUGCCACGAACGCCAACUCAGCCCGAAGGGGCAUGUCCCGAAGACAGCAAUAGAAUCAUGGAAACAGAAAGUGACGAGAAUGAGGCAGGAGAAGGGGAGUCGACUGAAUUCUCUACACUACAAGGAAAAUCCGGUAUCACCUAUGACCUUAGAAAACUGGAUCCUGAGUCCGAAGCGAGAGCCCUUGUCGGUUUGACGAGUCGAUUCGACGUCAUCGGCUGCCGUAAAACGAAGACAGGGUUUGAAUUCCUGUUCUCGGAGCGGCCACGAGUUCAUAUAGACUCAGACGGUUAUACUUGCACAUGCGCGACAUUCAUAGGCCGACCUGGCAUUGCCUGUCAACACAUUUUUGUAAGUUCUAGCACGACCCACUCCAGUUGUCAACCUCUGCUAACCUCUGACAAGUGGCUUCUCGACCAGCUCCAUGGGUGUCUCAUCCCUCAAAUCCCUAACUACGAUGUCCCUUUAUCGAGCGAUGGCCAUCCCCCAGUAUUUGCCCGCAUCGAACGACUCCUCGAUGAUAAAUUCGAAACGGUUGUAGAACAGUUGAGCUGGCAGUAUGUCCGUUCAGAAGUGGAGGGUGGCAUGAGCCGUCCGCAGAAGGUAAGAGAUAUCAUGUCUGCCUUUGAUACAGUUGUGCUUCCCGAAGAUUUCCGUCUCGACCUUAUAGACGACGCUGGCCAAUCGCGCACACCAGAGCAAUGCGUGGUCCAAGGGGACUUCGUGGCCACCAUGUUUCGGCUCGCCGUACACGAUGACACCGUUUUCGCGAGCCUAUGCAAGGCCAUGCCCCCCGGGGCCUGUGCGGCAAUUUAUUUCGAUAAAGUGCAGGAAAGUUCACGGAAAUUGCUGGCUGAUUUCGAUCGCUACUGCCAAACGGGACCGCUUUCGGGAUCAAACGUGGACGUCGAUAACGUGAUCGGAGAACUGCAGCGUAAUGUCAGUCGAAUUCAAGCAAACAUUGUUACACGAGCGCCAUACGGUGUAGAGGGAGCUGCUAAAGCUUUGGUGACGCUGUUGGAGGACAUCUGCAACCGCAAUAAGGACUCCCUGGACGGGAAUCGCUGGGGCGGAGUGACCUUCCACGGAGAGGACGAGGAUCAACGUAACUUAUACCAUCAGCUCAUCGGGAAGACCGAGGAAACGGGCGAAUACUUCAUUUUGGACGCCCUCGAGCAGGUAGCAGGCUCAGAUCUUCACCAGUUCAGGGGAAGGCUUCAGGCGGUUCUCCGCAGAAAUGAGGUCAACCGCGCGCCAAAGGCAUACAUUCUCAAAUUGACUGCGCUGAUCCGUCGAGCUGAAUCUAGUUCCUCUGGCUCCGGCCAGAAACGACCAGCAACGGCUACGUCGGGAGGUCACGGUCAAAGCAAAAGGACUCGCUAA